UAGUUUCACUUUUGGUUUUCUCUCAUUUGAUGAUGAUGAUCAUAUCCACAGUUGGAGAUAGAGGAGGUGUAGGUGCUGAUCCAGGCCCAAACGCUAUUGAAAGAGGCAUCAACUUUGUAACCCCUUUUGAAAAACUUACAUCUAUUAUUAAACUUGCUUGGAAUCACUUCAAAAUCCCUGAUUCAGAGAGAAUAAAGGAAGGAGGGUCAAAUGCUGGGGAGUUUAUAAGAAACGCUGCUGUAAAGAGUCUCGAGGAAAGUGAAGAAACUGCUGAACGGAUCGCUAAAGCUGCCGGAGAUGCAGUGAAUGAUGCGGCAAAGAAGGUCAAAAGAAGCGUCUCCGGUCACGCUAGGCAGCAAAACGAUCUGUGAUUAAUGAUUUGGGAAUCUAUGUAUUAAUUAGGUUUUGUA